AUGGCCUCAAACUCCAAACCAGUUCAGAUCCGAGAAUACCAAUUCCCCAAGGGUGAGCUGGGGCGAAAGGUCUUGAUCACUGGCAUUAUUAUGCUGCUAUCCGCCAAGCGGAGCAUCAUCGAGCCAGGUUCCGUCCUUUAUAACAAUGUGCUAUCUUAUGACAGCCGACUGUACACCGCAGCGCGCUACAUCCAGAACUUCCUCUUCUACUUCCUCUUUGGUGCACACGCCAUCGAAACACCCCUCUUUGCCUGGUCUCGCCUGAGGAAACAUGGCGUUCCGGUACUGAGUCUGACAUGGCUCAAGUGGAUGUUGACGAUUCCAGUCGGAGGCAAAUUCACAUUCGAGCAAUUCGAUCAGCUUGUAGCCAGUAAAGCAGCGUUGGGCCGUUAG